AUGGAGUGGCACCACCCCACUUCUCCUCCGCCCAAGAAGUUCAAGUCUUCAAGGUCAGUGAAGAAAGUUGUGGCCACAGUGUUCUGGGAUGCGAAGGGCAUCAUCCAUGUUGACUACCUGGAGAGUCAAAAGACUAUCACUGGUGCCUACUACGCUGAUCUACUCCACAGAUUGAGAGCAUCUAUCAAAGAAAAACGCCGUGGUUUGUUGAGGGCUGGAGUUCUGAUUUUACAUAACAAUGCUUUGUCUCACACCUCUCGAUUGGCAAAGUCUGCAGUACAUCAAUGUGGCUUCGAAGAACUUCCUCAUCCUCCAUGUUCACCUGACCUGGCCCCAAGCGACUUUCACCUAUUUCCAAAAUUGAAGGAACACCUCCGUGGAAAACGCGAUGCCGGUAAUGACGAGCUCAAAUCUGCUGUAAACGAGUAUUUGAUAGGACUUCCAGAAGAGUUCUACUGA